UUCUAGAAUUGUGUAAGUAGCUGUUUUUUUUUGUAGAGUGUCGUUAUGUCUGGCCGCGGAAAGCAGGGAGGCAAAGUGCGGGCUAAGGCCAAGUCUCGCUCUUCUCGUGCGGGGCUGCAGUUCCCCGUGGGUCGUGUGCACCGGCUGCUGCGAAAGGGGAACUAUGCGGAGCGAGUGGGAGCCGGCGCUCCUGUUUACAUGGCUGCGGUGCUGGAGUACCUCACUGCUGAAAUCUUGGAGCUGGCUGGUAACGCCGCCCGCGACAACAAGAAAACCCGCAUCAUCCCCCGGCACCUGCAGCUGGCCAUCCGCAACGAUGAGGAGCUGAACAAGCUGCUGGGCAAAGUCACCAUCGCUCAGGGUGGCGUCCUGCCCAACAUCCAGGCGGUGCUGCUGCCCAAGAAAACCGAGAGCCACAAAGCCAAGGGCAAGUGAGCAGGCUCCUGCUGCCUUCUGGGCGAGGGGGAGCCUCACCACCCAGUGUCUUAACCCCAAC